UACCUUUUUCUCCCAAACUUUUCAUUCCAAUCGAGUCACAUUAUACUUCAUACAUGAUCGUUAUCUUUUAUCGUGAUUCCAUCAAGGUGAAAAACCUUGCACACUUCAUCGUGACGUUGAAAUCGUGAUCGUGAUUUCCACGGAUAUACCACAUUCGGCUUAUCUUUUUACAUGCGACUGACACUUUUUUCUUCGGUACUUCACCAAAUCAUAGAAAAUCAUUUAUUUCUUAUUUCCUUGCUGCUCCGACGUUCUUCCAGUGAUUAUUCUCCCCAGGAUAGAUUAAAGUAAUGACAGUGUAACAGUGAAUUUUCAUUGCGUCAAAAUAGCGGUAUGAAGAAGUUUCUAGGAAAAUAACUCAAUUAUAAUUGAACAUCACCAAGGAGUAAAUUAGCCACUAUUCGAUUUGAAUAAAUAUCGAAUGAUUUAUCAGUGAAAGAAAGAGAGGAAGAAAGGAAAAAUCCUUCAAAAUUAAAGUUGGAUGAGCAAAGGAUUCAUAUGUACCUAUAUGGUGUAUGCAUUAAUGUAUAGAAUAAUAUGUUGUCAGAUGAUUGCACUUAGAAGAGGAUACCAAAGAACGAGGAAAGUGGUGUAUGGCGAUUGGGCAAGACAAGAGAGAAUUCAUGAGUCACUUGAAGAUAUCUAGCGACGACCAACUCUUGUACUCCGCAGGAUCUUAAAAUCUGUCACGAUCGUUCUCUCCUCUCGCCCUUCGCCCCCCCCCCCCUGCCCCUCUCUCGGUCAAUAGGCCGAAUGAUCCGUAGAGCCGGCGGUAAAGUUCGCGAAGAGACGAGGUUGGUCACGAAACAGACCGGAAGCGAUUGAAAUUGAUAGAUUGACGAGUGUACGACGAUGAUCGCGCAUAUGGCUGCUCCCGUAAUCCACCGGUGCACUAUGCUCGUAAGUCUUUGUAGUCGAAGUGACUGAUAUUCUCGGAGGGAAACGUGGACUAGGAUUAACCACGUGAUAAAUGCUCCCGUUCAACUUUACUAACAUUAUUCAAAUAUUGACGAGAAAUUGUGAGAGAUUUCUCUAAGUGUGCGGCGAUGAGGAUCAAGAUCCAUCGAUCGACAUAAUUACCGAGUCGAGACGCGUCAAUUUUGCGUCAAACGAGAUCGACAACCAAUACUAAUUGGGCAAAAACUUUUGAGCUUUUAUUCAUCUGUAAACGGCUCUUUUUUCUUCAACUUCAAUCACCAGAAUGAAAGCGAAUAGAUCUCGAUGAAUUUCAGUAUAAGUGGAGUAUUCUAUGUGUAUAAAUUCGUCUCGAUAUCAAUAGAUGAUUUCGAUAUUUGAUGGGAUUAUUCGUAUAUCAUUGAUGGACGAAUUCAAAUCUUUAUUCUUUUUUGCUGACGAUACUACGGAUGAUGAUUUGCAGUAUCCAGGAACUCGUAGAUUGGGAUCGUUGGAAGACGUGCUUUGGUUAGCAUUGAUAAGAUCGCAACUACGAGCGGACUCGAUGAACCGGUAAUAUGGAGGCCGAAGAGGAAGUGGACGAGGAACAAACGGGGGAAGAUCACGAAGAGAUAAACCACAACAAUGAUUUUGAGAAUUACGAAGCCAGUAUGAAGAUCUCAAUGAUGCCAACUGGAUCAACCGAUUCACCGGAACAAAAAGCGACUCUUUUAAAAUCGUCCACAGCCGAGCCACUAAUCAUUCGAGAUUUCGAGGAACGGAAAAGUCAUCUGCCGGACGAACGCCAAAAAAGUACAGAGAGCGAAAACGAUGAGCAGACCGAAUCAAAAGUAAAUCUAAGCACGAGCGCGAAGACUGAUGGCACUAGAGAAGGUGGUGAAACUUUAAAACUUACUAGGAGUAAAAGAAUCUCUUGCCAGGAUACGAUUCACGAGGUUGAGGAAGACGAUGGUCUUACGAUGGAUCGCGUUGGAAAGUAUCUCGAAGCGAAUCCGGCGAUCGUCGAGGCAUGGCUCCGUAAUAAAGCGAGUACCGAGCUCAGAAGAAGGCUCGAGACUUCGAAUGUUCUGCCAAAGUCGACGAGCCUCAGUUUACGUCAUGAGGAGAGUGUCCUUGUAAGGAGCAAACGCAAUAGCGUCACGUCCGACUUGUUUCAAUCGUGGUUGGCAUCGAGUUCGCCGAUAAAAAGAAGCAAAAGCCCGACCAGGCCAUCGAUUUCAUGGGUUGGACGUCGAGAAGAAUUGGAUCAGCUCGACGAGGGUGAACUUUUUAUGGAAUUGAUUCGCGAUGUGGCGAAUGAGCUUGAUAUCAACGUUUUGUGUCACAAAAUUCUCGUAAACGUAGGCAUCUUGACUCAUGCUGAUCGCGGUAGUCUCUUUCUCGCAAAAGGUCCUCUAGAGGAUCGUUACCUAGUCGCUAAAUUGUUCGACGUUACUCAAGAUACCGAACUUUCGGUCGCUUUACAACGUGCCAAAAACGAAGAAAUCAAAAUACCCUUUGGUGUCGGGAUCGCUGGUUACGUCGCGCAAACCAAAGAAAUCAUUAAUAUCAAGGACGCCUACAAGGAUCCAAGAUUUAACAGUGCGAUUGAUAUGCGGACUGGCUACAAAACUAUACUCAUACUCUCGAUGCCGAUUUGUAAUUACGAAGGUGAUGUCAUCGGUGUAGCGCAAAUAAUCAACAAAACGAACGGUAGCAAUGAAUUUACGGAUCGUGAUGUCGAGGUGUUUCAGAGGUAUCUUACGUUUUGUGGUAUCGGUAUACAAAAUGCUCAAUUGUUCGAGCUCUCGGUUCAGGAAUAUCGGAGAAAUCAAAUAUUGUUGAAUCUUGCGAGGAGCAUAUUCGAGGAACAAAAUAAUCUUGAAUGUCUUGUUACCAAAAUUAUGACAGAAGCGAAGGAGUUGCUCAAGUGCGAGAGAUGCGCAGUUUAUUUAUUGGAUUUGGAUUGCGGCGAAGCGGGACAUUUGGAGAAAAUUGUAGAACGUCCUGGACGAUCCAUUCAAGAAGACCGGAAACCACUUUCCAGAAGAGAAAGUAAUAAUAUCGACAUGGAGGAUAUUUUUCAGCGUCAUACGAACUUGGACGCGAAUGCAAAAUUCACAAUGGUUUUUGAAAUGGAGAACGGUACGCAAGAAGCGAGAAUUUACAGGCCAACGUUGAGCGACUUAUCGACUCCGUUAGGCAAAAUAGCUCGAUACGUGGCAACAACCGGCCAAAUUUUGAAUAUCGGAGAUGUUGAAACCUGGCUAAAGAAAGAAGUCUGGGAUACGGAAAAAGAACCGAUCAAGAGUAUUCUUUGUAUGCCAAUCGUGAAUGGUCAGAGAAGCGUUAUCGGUGUGGCACAGCUCAUCAACAAGGACAAUGGAAGCGCUUUUGCCGACUCGGACGUCUCGAUAUUCGAGGCCUUUGCUAUAUUUUGCGGUCUUGGUAUUCACAACACCCAAAUGUACGAGUCCGCAUGCAAACUCAUGGCUAAACAAAAAGUCGCGCUUGAGUGCCUGAGUUAUCACGCCACAGCGAGCAACGACGACGCUUUCAAACUCACCAGUGACACUAUACCGUCCGCUGAUAAGUACAAUUUGUACAGUUUUAAAUUCAUUGAUUUCGAUCUCAGCGACGAUGACACCUGUCGAGCUACUGUACGAAUGUUUAAACAAUGCGAUCUCAUACAAAGAUUUCAUAUACCGUACGAUGUGCUUUGUAGAUGGAUUUUGAGCGUGAAGAAAAAUUACAGACCGGUCAAGUAUCACAACUGGAGACACGCGUUAAACGUUGCUCAAACAAUGUUCGCAAUGUUGAAAACUGGAAAAAUGGAACAGUUCAUGACGGAUCUUGAGAUACUGGGUCUUCUUGUAGCGUGUCUGUGUCACGACCUUGAUCAUCGUGGCACAAACAACGCAUUUCAGACGAAAACUGAAUCUCCCUUAGCGAUACUUUAUUCGACGAGUACAAUGGAGCAUCAUCACUUCGAUCAAUGCGUCAUGAUACUCAAUUCAGACAGUAAUAAUAUCUUUCAAACCCUCUCGAUGGAGGAUUAUAGAAAGGUGAUGCGCGUUGUGGAGAACGCUAUUCUAUCAACCGAUCUUGCGGUCUAUUUCAAAAAGAAAAAUCGUUUCAUGGAAUUGAUCGAUGAAGGAGAAUUCGAUUGGCAGAGUGAGGAGAAAAAGGAUUUACUGUGCGGAAUGAUGAUGACAGCUUGUGACGUCAGUGCAAUAGCGAAACCUUGGGAAAUUCAGCAUCGAGUGGCUAAACUUGUAGCCGAUGAGUUUUUCGAUCAAGGUGAUCUUGAAAAAUUGCAACUUAAUCAGCAACCUGUGGCGAUGAUGGAUCGGGAAAGAAGAGAUGAACUACCACAGAUGCAAGUCGGCUUCAUCGACGUAAUUUGCAUGCCCCUCUACAAAGUAUUAUCGGAAACUUUCCCCUGGAUAUUACCGUUGUAUGAGGGAACCACGGAAAAUCGUAAAAAUUGGCAAGACCUCGCUGAAAAGGUUGAAAUGGGAUUAACAUGGAUUGAUCGGGAUACGAUCGAGGAACCGGUUGAAGAAUUUAUCUCCUACGAGCCAAAAGACAUUGAAUUCACCGUGACAACGUUGAACUGUACUCAAAACGAAAAAAAAGAUGUUUCUGGUGUCGCAAGAACUUCGGAGUGUCCUAAAACGGCGCUCGGCCGAUUCGCAUCAUUGAGAAAAGGCGGCAGAUCGUUGGGCAAAGGUGUCAGGCAUCGUUUGAGUCGAUCAUUGUACGCGCGUUCGAGCUCCGAAGAUACUGGAAAAGCUAAAGUUCUCUUGCCCGAACGAAAAAGUCGUAACAAGCUAUGUUUACUCAUAUGACGUUUAACCUCGUCCAGUAAUUUGGAGAGCAUACCUGAGUGACUAGGAAAAUCAGAGCUUGGGCUCAUUGAGCGCGACACAUCGAAUCAUACACUUCUGUAAAGUGAAGUGGAAGAUUACAUGAUCAAGCACGAACCAAAAAUAGCAAUUGCGACCACCUCCGAAUCCAUUCGGAUCUGUUGGGUUUCAAUGCCAGAUUCCGUUGCAUAAAAAAUAAGACAAAACUAUUAUUUCUGGCCUUUUCCCUACUUGACUGUGUAGCGACUUAUGCGAGAGACGGGAUUGAAAAACAUUGUCAACUGUUUGUUCACAGGGAGAUCGCUGCUAUCAGGUCCGCAAAACGGGAAUAUAAAAGGCUUGCAUUUCGUACAAAUUAUUCAAGAUGAUUGAAUUCAUAGGCCGUAGGUAUGAGUGUAAAACAAACAAACAUGAGUAGAAAUAGUCACACAACAAUGGCGAUUCAACUAUUAAAAUGCGUCACUAAAGCCCGACUCAUUGUGGCUUCAAGAACCGCAUAAGCGAAGAAGUAUAAACGGAUAACGAAAUAUAAGAGAUUAAUGGUCAAAUUAAUGAAAUGUUUGAAAAUCAUUUAAAAUGAGUGUGAGGUAAAGUGCAGCGACACGAUUCUUGCCCAACUGAUAAAUACUUUUUUUUUUUGUAUUUCAUGGCUUUGAAAAUGCAAUCGUAGUCGAUUGAAGACGAUAUCGUGAUAAAUUAUUGAGAUCGCACAUUAGUAAAAAAUGGCGUCCAAUUUUCAGGUGAUCUAUGAAGCUAAUGUAAACAGCAUCCUGUAAACAAUUUUUGUAGAAAAUUCGUUGUGCAUUUUUUUUAACUUCCACAAAGUUUUCAACUGGGUAAUUUUUUUCCAAUAGAGGAAUGAACCUCGAUUAAAUUUUUGUUUCUCGUUUUAAAACUCAGAAUAAUACGAGUGCGACGGAAGAGUUUUUUUGAAACCACAUCCCGGUGGCUUAGUUACGUAACCGCUGUCGUUCCAGAGAAAAUUUUAAAAGGCUGAAGCGAAAAAAAAAAAUUACGAAAGUGGGAUGAACACCUCCAUGGAACUAUUUUUCUGCUUAAGUUUAUAAAAUAUCUCAAGUAUUAUCAAUUAUUCGAAAGCGUUGAAGGGUCACUAUCUAUCAGGAAUUGUAUCGAGAACUGAUUUUUCGAAAAGUUUCUAUUGCAUUAUCAGAGAAUCAUUGAAUGCUAUAGAAAAAAAUGUGACAUUUGAAAUACUCAAAAUUUUUAAGUUCAAGUUUUUUGGAUAACGAGCAACUUACACUAUGAGUCGUUCUGAAGUUAGUUUGGGACUCUUUGGAAAAAACUGAGCCUUUGUUGCUUGUUUUGAAUAGAGUGUAAAGAAGUUUAUAUUUAAUGAUAUGGCAAGUAGCUCGAGGAAAUCUAGUACCACUGGAUCGUCACAAAUGUUUUAAAAGUGUAUCGAAAGCAGAGGAAAAUAUUAACGAAUUGAAUCGGACUCUGAAAAUCGGGCUUGCCUAUCAAAGCGAAAUAUAAAAUGGCAAAAUUUUAGUCGGUUUCACAAUUGACUCCUCUUGUUGUGAAGUUUCUAUCGAUUUCUACUGCACGAGGAAGUGAUACAUUUUUAAUUCGAAAAAUCAAUAUGUUUUCAUACUUACGUCUGAGCGAGAAAUUCAAUUAUUGAAAUUUGUUGCACUCGCAUAUUGAAUAUUGUUUUUAGAGAAAAGUUUAAUGAGAAAACUCACAAUCAAUGAAUAACAGUCUCGAUCUUUCGGAGGACAAACAGAAAAAAGGACUGACCAUUGUGUGGUUGAACCGGCGCAGAGCACCACAAGAAAACGGCAGCUGAAAAAAUUAUGCAACAAUUUCUAGUCUUUUGAUAUAAGUAACUGACAUGAGAGAAAAUACAAAUCAACAAACACGAUGUAGUACUUUUUUCUGGGUAACGAUAAAAGAAAAAUCUCAUUCAGGGAUGAACACCAUUUCAAUGAUGAGAAAAAAACCAUUUCAAAUGAUUUUAUUGGCGAGAUAAUUGUUGUGAAAAAAAUCUCUUUUUCUUACGAUCAAUAAUUAAUAAUCACUUCGUAAUAAAUGUUAAUAUUUUCUUAGAA